CGAGGCAAGGCGAACGGUGCGAGACGGUGGGGAUGAUGGUAGUCAUUGUCUGCUUCUGCUCCUUUCCCCGUUUGUAUCGCCCGCCCACUCUCCCUCAUCGGAUUGUUCGCUCACUGUUGCCCGCCUCUUAUACUUCUCUCUCUCCCCCUCUGAAUUCUCCCCAUCGCCAACCGGCGCCCCAUCGACCACCUGCCGACUGUUUUGUGUGAGACGUUUACUUUCGACUCGACCCGACGCACCCUCUCCCCCAGGGUUCUCCUCGAUUCGGUGAUUUCUUCUCUGUGCGCUCACCGCGUUGAUCUUUCGUUCUCGUCGUGAUGGCGGAUACCGCUAAGAGUGCUGAUCUGAAGUAUCUAGGGCUGGUUCACGCCCUUGUGCUUCAGGCCGCAGCCUAUUUGGCGACACUUUACGCUUAUGCGAAGGACAGCUCAGGGCCUCUAAAGCCCAGCGUCGACAAUGUCGAAGGGACAGUGAAGACCGUUGUAGGCCCUGUAUACCAGAAAGUCGAAGGGAAGCCUUUGCAGCUUUUGCAAUAUGUUGACAGCAAGGUCGAUGAGACCAUCAGCUAUGUUGAUGGCGUUGUACCAAAGUACGUGAAAGACAAGUCUUACCAAGCACUGGACGUGGCCAAGCAAGCUCCAGAUGCAGCAAGAGGCCUUGUUUCUGAUGUUCAGUCUCGGGGUGUCUAUUCAACUGCAUCAUCAUUGUAUGAGAGGUAUGAACCAGUUGCGGAGCAAUUGACAUUUGAGGCAUGGCAGAAGCUCCUCACACUCCCACUUGUUCCACAAGCUGUAAACGUCGCUGCCCCUGCUGCCAAGUUUGGAGUUGUUCAAUACAACAAGCUUGCGGAAAUUUUGAAGAGCAAAAAUCUGCCCUUGACUGCUUACAUUCCGGUGGUUCCUAUUGAGAAACUUGAGAAAGCUAUGAAGCCUGCCGUGGCCCCUGCUCCGGCUCCUACUGCUGCUGUUUCUGCUGAAUAGGUUAAUCGUGUAGACCAUUACGAGUUUAUAUGAAUUUGUUUGAGCGACGAGUAGUUUACGAUGUCUGCUGCUCUUGCGAGUUCUUUGAGUAGGUUAAAUAACUCGUGGUCAGAAUAGCCCCUGGUCAGAAUAGCCCGUGAAAAGGAUUUAGUACAGAUCAAUAGCUGCCAAUAUCGCCCAAGGUUUGUGGUAUCGUCUUGUAUAUGAUUGUUGAUACCGAAGUUUAGCAACUGGUAUUGAAUUUCUCAUGCAAAUCAUUGGAAUGUCUCCACUUUCGAACUUUAUGACGUUGCCCUCUAA